GCCAUCUUCCGGAGGGGACGGGGAGGGUGCGCCCCUCGCUCGCUCUUAAAGGGGCAGCGCCCCGCGCUGGCGGUGGCCCGGUUUGGGGGUGGGGAGGACUGUGGCCGCGCUUUCUUUCGGUCCCCGCAGCCGGGCGGGUGAGCCGACUGGCCGUGUUGGUGCCGUGAGCGUGUGUGAGGCCGAGGCCUAGCCCGCGGCCUGGCCCACCCUCCCUCCUCACAGCGCUGCCCGGGAACCUCUGGAGCAUCUUCAGCUUCCUCAGCGUUACUAAUUAUCUAUAGUCGCCAAUAACUUCCUUUUUUCCUGAGGCAGCGCAGUGGUGAGCCUGACGGGGAAUGCUUCUUGGCACGCAGCUGGCUCCGGUGGGCCUGUUUGCAUCGGCCGCGGGUCUGGCCGAGGCCUGGGGGAUUUAAAAUCAAAAUCGCAGCGGUGGCCAUGUUUCCUACCACCAGGAAGUGAGCCAGCAUUGCUCAAGCCCAGCAGCAAUGGCAGCCGACGAGAGGGACUACAACCUGACGAAGGAGCAGCAGGCUGUCAAAGCCAAAUACCCACCGCUCAAUAAGAAAUACGAAUAUCUGGAUCACACAGCAGAUGUGCAGCUACAUGCCUGGGGAGACACUUUGGAAGAAGCAUUUGAGCAGUGCGUUAUGGCCAUGUUUGGCUACAUGACUGAUACAGAGACUGUGGAACCUGUGGAUACAGUAGAGGUAGAGGCAGAAGGACAUGACAUGUUGUCUCUUCUCUUCCACUUCUUGGAUGAGUGGCUGUAUAAAUUCAGUGCUAAUGAGUUCUUUAUACCCAGGGAGGUGAAAGUGCUUUACAUUGACCGAAUGCAGUUCAAAAUAAGAUCAAUUGGGUGGGGAGAAGAGUUCUCUCUAUCCAAACACCCUCAGGGCACAGAGGUCAAAGCCAUAACUUACUCGGCAAUGCAGAUCUGUGAAGACGAAAAGCCAGAAGUCUUUGUCAUCAUUGAUAUUUAAAGCAAGACAAGUGUGGUUGAGUGGAUACUUGGCACUGGUUGGCAAAAGUCCCUUGAAAACUGUAAUCCCCGUGGAAGUAACUAAGCAAUUGGCCAAUUAGUCAUAAAUUGAAGGGCAUAAUUGUGGGGAAUCUCAGCCUGUGUUUGGCUUGAAGAUCGUGAGAUACAGAAAUACCUGCGUGCCAGGAAAAAAAAAAAACGAACUAGUUGGGGUUUUGGGGAUGCUGAAGAGAAGAAGAAAGGAAGUUGUAGGGGUUGAAAGUCUCAGGAAUGCUAGUUGUCAGCUUUUAAGGCUGAUACAUGUGUUAGGUGUAUAUGAACUAAAUAAGGAAAUUAGUGGAGCUGCUAGCUAAAACUUUUUUUGUAGGGUGGCAGGAGUUAAUGUUGAUCUAUAUGAUUUCAUUUGCAGAUUUAAGUGUUCUAAUUCUGAGGUGACAUGCCUCCUCCAUAUUAUAUAAAGGUCAGAAAUAUCUGUGGUGGGUCUGAUUUAAUGUAGAAAAAUUCUGACUGUUCAAAGGACACCGAAGAAAGUAUACCAAUUAAAAAAACAAACCACACCACUUUUUGGACUAAAAAAAAAAAAAAAAAGGCAUGCCAGCAGGUGGUGCUGAAUUGCUGUAAAUAAAUUUCCACAUGCAAGCCUAAAGCAUGUGACCAUAGAAUCCUCGUAGCACCUAUGAUCACGCCGAAAAGUAGGCAGCUUUGCACCCCUUUCUACUACGGCAGCACCAGGUUCUCUGUGGGUUCGCUCCCAGCUAUAUCUUGUGAAAGCUGCUUUUCUUCCAAAAAGCAGAUGAUUCAGAUUUGGAUCAGCUUCCCCAUUUUCCUUGAAAGGGCAAUACAGACAAUCCUUUAACAUCAAAGGAUCAAGACAAACUUUAACAUCAAAGUUCACUGGAUCGUAAUUAAUAAAAAAUAAUGAAAAGUGUGUUUUGUUUUAAAUCAUGGGACAGUAAAUGUGCAUUCACUGCCACUGCUGUUUCAGUGGGAGAGGAGCACUGUACGGGAUGGCAGGUGCUGGUCCCACCUGCUUGUUUUUAUUGUAAAUGCUGCAAGUGCCUCAGCCCUGGAGGUAGUGCCUCAUCUUUGUGUUGUGGUACAGUCAUCUGAAAUAGCUCUGUUUGCAUUUCUGUAUAAGACUGAGGGAUAAAAUCCCUCUUUUAUUUUUUUGAGAAAGCUUCAAUGCUGAAAUAAAACUUGGACUGAAAGAA